UUCUUACUCAUAGUGUGAGUAAGAGAAAGAGAGGGCAAUUUUGCUCCUACCCUCUUCAAUUAUGUAUUUGGACUCAAAUUUGAAAAUUGAAGUUAUAUCUUCACUUUUUGGAAAAACCCUACAACUUUAUGACCACACACAUGGGAAAACUGUUGAUGUUUUGUCUGUUGCUGAUUUUUUUUAUAACACCAUCAUCAGGAAAAGACAGGCUUAUGUGGAGGAGUUUUUCAUCAAUGAGGAACAAUUUUUUGACCCACAAUUUGACUUCGACUUCUCUAAUCUCUCUGACUCUUCUGAGUGCAGGAGAGGUGAUGAGCUGUAUGAGCGUCCAAAAGGGUGGUACCGCAUGGCAUUAAAGGUUGGCGGUAAAUAUCCAGAUGGAGACACCUGGUUGGGCACUGGUGGAUGGAGGAAUCACUCUGUACCUGGAGAAUGGCCUGUUUCCUAUCAUGGAACAAGUUUAGAUGGAGCCAAAGGCAUCAUCAGGACUCACUACAAAGCAGGAAAUGGUCAAGUGUAUGGAAGAGGAAUCUACUCAACACCUGACAUACACGUUGCUGAGAAAGAGCAAUUCGCCAAGACCUUCACAUCGAAGACAACAGGGAAAAGUUACAAAGUGAUCCUGCAAAAUCGCAUCAAUCCUAAAAAGAGAAUGAUUUGCUGGACAUCAGACUACUGGCUCAUCCGUGUUGAUGAAGGAACAUCUGACAAGGAGGAGAGACAGAUAGUCGAGAGCUCUAUUCGGCCUUACGGCAUUCUGAUCAAGGAAAUAAAUCAGCAGCGGCUCAAUUCAUUGAGUAUGCAACAAGGUGGUUCCCCAACUCAGAAACUCCACUUCAGAGGUCAUCCCCACCACCAGUCGACAUUGGUCCAUCAACUUCCUCUCCAUUCUUCUGUACGCAACCCCAGAUCCGUCGUUCAUCCUUCAUCCCACUCCCUUCAUCCCCAUCAACCAUCCCUCCAGACCCUCAAUCUAUCACUCCUACAUCGUCACCCGCCCACCUCGAUCUAUACUUUUUAAUAAGGUUGUCUAAAUCCAUAUCUUUAUUGGUGUGGUCUUUGUCAACGUUCUUGACUACAGUGUUUUAUCAGUGCUGGGCUAUAAUAUGAACAUAAAAGUUAUAACAAGCACUUUUGUUUAUAUAAUUUGUUAGUCAAGUAAUAUUAACAAUAAUAACAACAAGUGAGUAAAGGAAAACUGAAGAGAACUGUAAAAAAAAAAAUAGAGUUCUAAAUUCUCUUCAGUAUUUUAUUGGUAUUGGGCGAUUUCCUUAAGAAACUCUUCACCAGGUUUCAAGUUAAGUUUCAAGUUUUGAAACUGAUCACAGAGGUUUCCUGUGAAACCUGGGCUACAUGUAACUACACAAAACAAAAGUUACCAAUAGUACUUGUUUCUUCAGAUUUGUAGAAUACCAGCUGCAUCUACAUGCAUACAUUUUAACAAUUUAAUGCAUAUUUGAAAGGUUGUGUCAUAUCCACAUACAAUAACUCAGGCUAGCUUGGUUCUUACACCUGACAAACAUGCUUGUGAAGAGUUCAAAUGUGUUAUUGUAUAAAUAAAGACUGUAAAUGCCCUCUG